UUCCUGCCAUUCUGCUGCAUCUUGCCUUCUGCCCUUUCCCAGCUCUACUCCUAAGUGUCUUCCCUUUUAUCGUUUUCAAGUUGACACCUCCCUUUGCCCCCUUAUCUGCUCCAUUGACCCCAGCUUCUGUGCUUCCUCUUCUUUCCAGCCCACCUGUUUGUAUCUCAGCCAUUAAAUGCGAGGGCUGCACUGCUGGGUUAACAUCUUGCUUCUGCUACCUGAUCACUAUAAGUGCACAGGCAAGUUUCUCUGCCUUUUGCCUGGGUUCCACCAUCUGUAGAACAGAUGGGUCCGUGGUGUUUAUAUCCUGGAGUGGUUUACAGGAGUUCACUCUGAAGCCUUAAGAACGGCAUGUGGAACAGACUGAGUGUUCAAGAGAUGUCAGUCAUUAUUUUCUAAUUAAAUUUUUAUUUUCAUCAGUCCAGGUUUGCGGCACGUAAUGAUGACAUUCCUUGUGGGUAGCCAUUAUUUUUAAACAGUGGCUUUCCAAAAUUAAAGACUGUUAAGGAGUUGAGUUGUGUCUCCCAGAAAGAUGUUGGCAUUGUAACCUCCAGUGGUUGUGCAUGCGACCUCUGGAAAUAAGAUCUUCACAGAGGAGGGCCGAUUGAGAUCAUUAGGGCUGGCCCUAAUCUAUGACUCGGGUCCUUGUGAAAAUGGGUUUGGACACAGAUAGACACGCACACAGGUGAAAGGCCAUGUGAACACGAACGCAGAGCUCCGGGUGACAGCACCUCCUAGCGGUUGCCAGGAAAGGUUGAGGCCGGAAUAUCUAGUUCACAAUUGCGUGUUGCAUCUUCUCGUGCCUGUUCAGUCUCCUGCAACUGCAGGGGUUCCUCCAUUUUUCCUUCACCUUUACAACCUUGACCUUUUGGAAGCUUACUGGCCAAUUAUUUUGUAAACCAUCGCUCAAUCUGGGGCUUGCCUGUGGUCCUCUCACCAGUAGAUUCAGGAAGAUCGCAAAAGCAAUGCUGUGUUCUCAUACAUGUAGUGCUUUGCCACACUACCGACAGUGUUCAUUUUGAUCAUUUGGUGAAGACAGCAUCUGCCAGGUUUCUCCACUGUAAAGUGACUCUUUCCUUUGAGAUGAAUUAGUAUUUUGAAGAGAGGGACUUUGAAAUUAUCUUCAGCUUCUGCAGAGGGUAAAGUGGGGUGUUGGGGAAGGGAGGUAGGCAGGGUGAGGGGAGGAAGGACACAGUGGAAAGGGUGGGACUGGAUGGUGUACUGGAAUAUUACCCUUGUAUUACCCUGUUUUCCAUUGCAAUAACAGAAUACUUGAGGCCAUGCACUGAAUAAAGAGAAGAGAUGUAUGUAACUUAAACUUUUGCAGGUUCAAGGACAUGACAUUGGCAUUGGCUGCUCUGGUGAGGGCCUCCUUUUCUGUAUUACAAGGUGGAUGCCAUCAUGGAGGGAGAAUAUGCAUGAGGAAGAGAUGAUGUGGUGAGACAGGAAGUCAGAGUGUGAAGAGGGGUUAGGCUUCUCCACUUAUAACAUCCUUGGGAACUAACUGGGGUCCCAUGAGAAGAGUGUUAAUUCCUGUGCAGGACAGUGCACCUGAUGACUUCCAUUUAGGCCUCACCUCUUGAAGGUUCCAACACAACCCUAUCACACUGAGCCCCAAGCUCCCCACGCAUCAACCCUUGCAGAGCACACUCAACCCAUACCAGAACCUGCACCCUCUAGACCAUGCUGUGGGGACUCUCCCUACCCCCAGCUGCUGUGGGAACUCUCUCUCCAGGUGAAAUGGCCCCUUUCCCCUAUGUGGACACUCUCAUCACCACUUUGGUGACACCACACGUGAUGUCCCGCCCUCUCCCAUCCCUCACCUUGCUCUUCCCACUGCAUUAGGAAGGACGGAGGAGACAAGGGGAGGUGAGCACUCCUCGAAGCCCCACCAUCAGGCCAUUCUCGUGGCCCACUCACUUUACACAUUACUGACUUAGUGGCAAAGCUCUUUGAGGCCAGAGGCGGCAUCCUCUCCAUCUUCACCGCCCAGAGGCCAGGCUGAGAUUCCCCAUGGGCCCAGCCUGCAUCUUCUUGAGGAAAGGCAUCGCUGAGAAACAGAGGGAGAGGCCCCUGGGACAAGAUGAGAUCGAAGAGCUCCGAGAAGCAUUUCUGGAGUUUGACAAAGACCGAGAUGGAUUUAUCUCUUAUAAGGAUCUGGGGAAUCUCAUGAGAACGAUGGGUUACAUGCCAACGGAGAUGGAGCUGACUGAACUGGGCCAGCAAGUCCGCAUGAACCUGGGUGGCCGUGUAGACUUUGAGGACUUCGUGGAGCUGAUGACCCCCAAAUUGCUUGCAGAAACAGCUGGGAUGAUUGGUGUCCAGGAGAUGCGAGAUGCCUUCAAGGAGUUUGACGCCAACGGGGAUGGGGAGAUCACGCUGGGGGAGCUGCAGCAGGCCAUGCAGAGGCUCCUGGGAGAAAAGCUCACACCCCGGGAGAUUGCUGAGGUGGUGCAGGAGGCUGACAUUAACGGAGAUGGCACGGUGGACUUUGAAGAGUUUGUGAAAAUGAUGUCUCGCUGAGGAGGUCCUGGAAGCUCCAGAUGCUCUCCGCCGGGCAACGUGGAUGAAAUGCGUGCGGAGGACGGAACCUCUGCGGCCCCUUGCAUGACAGAGCGUGGGAGGGUGGAGGGAGUGGCCUUGCACAGUGUGCGUGAGGUUACAGUGAAGGCGGUAGCUUUGUGGGAUGGUGAUGGGAGGCAUCUGUAAAACUAGCUUCAGAGAAAAGAGCCUAUGUGUGAAAUGUCGCCACACUGGGGCCCAGUUGCCAUUCCAAAAAGAGCAGUGAUUAAUAACCUCCCUUUUCCCUCCUGCAGUUCUAAGUUCCUGAGGCCUGCCAGAGUCCCAUCCCCAGCUUCCCCUGGACACACAAGUCUACUGGUGACCCCUGCACAGUUAGGCUUCAACCUCUGCAGGAGGGAUCACACCAGUGCUGGGCUAAGACUGGGCACUUGGUACUGCCGGGCUUGGCGAGGGUCAUUAGGAGGCUCUCAAGGGGAGUUUUCCCGAGUUCCUGGAAGCACAGUCUAUUUUUUUCCCCUGUGCCCUCUCACACCCUCUCUCUUGGUGUAAGAUACUUGGGGGAACAGAAUUAAAUCACAAAGCUGGAUUAUGAAGGUUUAGGGUAGGUCGAUCCUCCCUGGGGAAUUAAUCCCCUACAAAAUAUCAUGAGAGAGAGAGAGAGAGAGAGGAUCCUCCAAAUCCCCUGCUUAGCCAGCUGACUGCAAAGCCGUUCCUGGACUUCACCUGCCUCCAUGCUGGUCUACCCCGGGCUGCCCUAGAAGUCUCUGUGUUAGAUGGGAAGUGUGCUCCACCCGCACAUCCCACUGCUGCUCUCUGCUGCGACACUGAAAAGGUCAUUCCUCCACCCGAGAACAGUACACUGCGGCAAUGCACAGCUCCUCAGAAUAAAGACUUCAUUUCACACCUUCCA